GAUCAGGCUAGGGUUGCGAAGUAGCUCAUUGGCCAAACGUCACACUGGUGUCUCUUGUUUAUAGCUCGUUAAACUCUGAAAUGUUCAUCUUUAAGAUAGAAGUAGUGGCAGCGUCCGGGACAUGUUUGUGAACAUGGCUGUCGCAGAGAAAACGUGGCGUACGUCCUGUCUCUACUCGCUGUUGUUUACAUAGCUUUUCCUGUCGUACCAGUUUCCGCUCUUUAGCAUCCCCCAUCCUUCAGCAGAGAUGUGCAGGGAGGGGGACGAGGUGCAGGACGACUGCGGCUCCCGGGAGGAGUGGACCCUCCUCUUCUGGACCUCUGUGGCCGUCAUCGUCCCGGUCAUCAUCACACUGUGGUGCAGCGCGCAGCGCUCCAAGCGGAAAACGCACAUGAAGGAUUUCUUCCGCAAGAGCAAGCACGGCUGGCACUACACAGACCUGUUCAACAAGCCCACCUACUGCUGCGUCUGCUCCCAGCACAUCCUCCAAGGGGCUUUCUGCGACUGCUGCGGCGUGUGCGCCGACGACCUGUGCCUCCGCCGGGCGGACCGGAGCCUGUCGUGCAAGGAGAUCAUGGCCCCCUCCUCCGGUCCUGACGGGGGCAUGGAGCACCGCUGGGUCCGCGGUAAUGUCCCCCUAGCUAGCUACUGUACAGUGUGCAAACAGCAGUGUGGGACCCAGCCGAAGCUCUGUGACUUCAGGUGUGUGUGGUGUCAGACCACGGUGCACGAUGACUGCUUGGAGAGCCUGGACGACGCAGACCAGUGUGAGCUGGGCGAGUUCCACAGCCUCAUCAUCCCUCCUCACUACCUCUACCACGUCAACAAGCUCCGCCGCCGCCACCCGGAUGAGUACAGCAAGCUGGCCUCUUCCUGUGGGAGUGGCUGGACUCCGGUCUUGGUCUUGGCAAACACACGUAGUGGGAACAACAUGGGAGAGGCUCUGCUGGGAGAAUUUCGCACUCUUCUGAAUCCAGUGCAGGUGUUUGACCUGUCUGAACUGACUCCCUCCAAAGCCCUCCAGCUGUGCACCCUGCUGCCCCCCGGCAGCGUCAGGGUGAUUGUGUGUGGUGGUGACGGCACAGUGGGCUGGGUGCUGGACGCCAUUGAUACUAUGAAGCUAAAGGGCCAAGACCAGUUUAUGCCACGAGUGACCAUCCUGCCCCUGGGGACAGGAAAUGACCUUUCCAACACUUUAGGCUGGGGUGCCGGGUAUGCUGGAGAGAUCCCUGUGGAACAGGUUCUCCGUAACAUCCUCGAUGCUGAGGUGGUCAAAAUGGACAGGUGGAAAGUGCAGGUGGCUUCAAAAGGCCUCUACUUUCGCAAGCCAAAGGUGCUGUCCAUGAACAAUUACUUCUCUGUGGGGCCUGACGCUCUGAUGGCGCUCAACUUUCACACACACCGCGAGAAAACCCCCUCCUUCUUCUCCAGCCGCAUCAUCAACAAGGCCGUGUAUUUCCUGUAUGGAACCAAAGAUUGUUUAGUGCAGGAAUGUAAGGAUCUGGAUAAGAGGAUUGAGCUGGAGCUGGAUGGGGAGAGAGUUCAGCUGCCCAGUCUGGAGGGCAUCAUAGUCUGCAACAUUGGCUACUGGGGUGGAGGCUGCAGACUCUGGGAUGGUAUGGGGGAUGAACCCUGCCCACCCACAAGGCUGGAUGAUGGUCUACUGGAGGUGAUGGGUGUGUUUGGCUCCUUCCACUGUGCUCAGAUCCAGGUCAAGCUGGCCAAUCCCAUACGGCUGGGACAGGCUCACACUGUCAGGCUGGUUCUCAAGAGCUCCAAGAUGCCCAUGCAGGUAGAUGGCGAGCCGUGGGCCCAGGGCCCCUGCACCAUCACCAUCACCCAUAAGACCCAGGCCCUCAUGCUGUACCACAGCGCCGAGCAGACAGACGACGAUGACGAAGACGACGACGAAUCAAGCGCCUCUGAGACGGAGAGCCCCACCCCACACGACUCCCCGCGUCCCCCCGGGCCAGCCUCCGUUCGUGCAUGAUCCACACACCAAACGUCACGCAAUCUGAAGCUCUAUUUAACCCUCGUGUUCUUUUUCUGAAGCCCAGUUUUUUAUUUACCCCUCCUUUGCACUGGCACUGGUUCACCCCUCCUCUGAGAUCUUUGCAUGGGCUCAAUACAAAGAUCUCAGAGGAGAUUCUCGUAUAAUCAUUUGUUCUCAGAGAACUCUCAGCUGUUAGCACGGUUGGUUUGGAAUAGGGCUGGUGUGAUCUGCUUUUUUGGUAUUUUUUGUCCACCAUGUAUUGUAACCCACAGCUCAGGCAGUCCCCUCUCCACAGCUGGUCAGGAGGAGGUGAAUGUUUAAGAGGAAGAUGAUCCUUGGUGCCAGAGAUAUCUAUAUUCAGCUAUACUGUAUUUAUUACACAUGCCCAGUGCAACCCUGCAGGGAUCAGUGAGCCAUUUUUAAACACGUUGCCCAAAGUCAGUUGACUGAAACACUUUAAAGCCAUGUCUGAAUAAACAGCAGGGGGAUGAAGAGGCGAUGCAGAAAACAGUGCUGAAUGUAAAAGUGUAGAUUUGGCUUAAGCAGUAUGCUAUGCUUUACUAUCUGUUAGUGUGUUGUUGUUUUUUUUUACUCCAAUAAUAGCACAAACAAACAGCACACACCUUUUCUGAAUAAUAUAGGAGUGCUUUAGUGACUCCAGGCGAUGAAAUGUUUAACUGUACAGACGAUGUGGUCAAUUCCCCCCUUACAGGCUUCUGAACAUUUUGAAGUAUCUGCUGCUUUUUGUCACCUCAUGAUUCAAGUCUUUGUGAAGAAAGGGUUCUGUUACAACAAUGUGUUGUCAAUCACUGGACAUUGAUGCUGGUUUGUGACCUUCAUGAUGCACUGUCUCGAGGAGCUCGCCAAAGUGUUAAAUCGUACUAAGAUGCAGUCGAGAAAAACAAUAUUUACCUUUCCUGUAAAACUCACAGGAAACAAGCUAACUUGUUCAUUUUUAAAGUACUUCCAAGUAAUUCAGAGGACUUGUUUUGCCUUUUGUUUUCCCUCUGUUUACCUGGUUCCUGCUGUUUACACAUUUUGUUCUGCACUGUUUUGACACUUACACUGAUGCUUAUAAUGCUUAGGACGUAGGACGUGCACGCUCAUCAUGUUGACCUUUAAAGUUGCUGCAGACAGUGAUAACUGCGGAUGAGAUUACGCUCUCCCUCUCAUGUUGUUUUAUGUUAUUCAAGUACUCUUCAUGUAUUUCAAAUGUUUUGUUUUGCCAAAUGGUCACCACAAGGUGGCGGACUAGAGCAGUAUUUUGUUUUGUAGAUGGUCAUCCACUAAACAAACAGGUUAACCCUAAUGCCAUCAGAGAUAUGGGCGUGUCAUUUUAAUGUGUUGUGUUCAGGUGACAUUGAAGUGUUUCUUGAUUGCGUCAGAUUUGCACACAGUCGGUUUCCUGUCUCUCUGUCAUGUAGUGUCUUUUUCUACGUCUCUUCUUUUACCUUUUGGGGUGGUCCUGUGUAUUUCAGAGCGGUUGCUUGGUGCCAACAGCCAUAUCAGGAAAGUCUUAAGAAUGUCAGUUUGUGCUUUCAAUGUGUGCUGCUCAUAGUGAGGCUCAACAGGGAUCUGUUUUUUUUAGCCGUGUGAUGCCUAUGCUUUUGGAAUACGCACCUCUCUUGGCAGUUCACCAAGCCGCAUGGUUUCAUUAUCCUCCAUUUGUUUAGUGAAUGUCUUCAAACUGAGUCACGCUGGGUCUGAUCUUUACGUGAUCGUCCAUGUUUACCACAGUUGCUAGUUAUUAUUAUAAUAUUUUUGUUAAUCUUGAUAAAUUGAUGUAGCGUCAAAGCUUAACAUCAAAUUUGUGCUGACUGAAUUUAAAGAUCUUGAAGGAGUUUUCUGGUGCUGGCAUACGUGGCUAUCACUGUGAGAAGGUCACAGGUUUUUGCUUUGGCAGAUACGUUCAAAUACUAGAGCUAAAAAAAACCUGAUAAAUGCAGCUUUGAUCUGAUGACAGUGGACAAUGUACAGCUGAGUCGGUGUCUAUAAACAGCCACUAACUGCACAGAGCUUAAUGAUUUUCAUUCAUGUAACAUAACCUUUACAUUUUGUGUGUCCACUACUGAUAAGAAUGUAAAAACAGAAAAAUAAUCCAACAGUUUUUCCCUGGCCUGUAAUUACAUUUCCAACUCAGCUGGUUGUCAGUGUGGCUGACCACUCUGUAACUUGUUUUAUGGUUGACGUUGAAGGGACCUGACUGUGUUAAUGUUUUGACUGGCUCAGUUUAAUGACUGAGUCUUGGAAGAUAUGAAACAGCGUUAAUGUAAACUGAAUUUGACACCCGUAUCACCCCUUUGUCUGCUACAAAAUGCUUUCAUUAUCAAUAUUUGAAUAUGCUUACCUCUGUGCUAAGUUUUAGUUUGAAAAAAAACCCUAUAAGGCUGAUAGGAAUGUGCAGAAAGAAAAAGGACACAAUACGGUCUGAAGAAGAAGCCUUAUGUUGUCUUUGCUGAAGAGUAAAUACAAAUAAAAAAUAUGAGGAAAAUGAGCUCUUGUAAUGAACAAUCAUGUUCUAAUGGCAGGGAAGACUGCUUUGCAAAGUUGUUGCUAACAGCAACAAAAAAAAACACGAUUGAGCUGAAUGUAAAGAAGUGAUUUUUCGAAUUUGAAGACAUUCCCAUAAAUAUUUUAUAUACAAACCA